UCAGAUUUAUCAGACACGGAUUCGGGUUCUACAGUAUCUGAAAAGACCAAACAGAACGUUCUACCAAUAUUGCCUGGAGCUACAGUGAGACCGCGUAAGCAUCCACCAUGGUAUAGCACCCGGAUUUUAGAAGAAGAACGACCAGACUUAGCUGGAAAUGAAGGGAAACUCAAUUUAGAGAGAGAAGAAGCCGCGCUUAUGGAUAUGUUUAUCAGAGGGAAAAGUGAUCUACAAACAGGCGACUUAAUAAUUACUGAUGACAAUCUCGAUGAAGAAGAUCGUAGAUUCAAUCGCUACGAGGUGCAGCUGAAAUACAACGAAGGACGAUACACAGCCCUCUAUCUCAUCUCUCGACAA